AUGACUGGACUUAAUAUCUCUGAGAAUCAUUAUUGUGAUCCCAUACUGACGCCCCACUUAACCAGGCUCUACUUCAUAGUGCUCAUUGGAGGACUGGCAGGUGUUAUCUCCAUCCUGUUCCUGCUGGUGAAAAUGAACUCCCGUUCUGUGACCACCAUGGCUGUUAUUAACUUGGUAGUGGUUCAUGGAUUGUUCCUACUGACGGUGCCUUUCCGCUUGACAUACCUUAUCAAGGGAACCUGGACAUUUGGGUUAUCCUUCUGCAAAUUUGUGAGUGCCAUGUUGCACAUACACAUGUAUCUCACCUUCCUCUUCUACGUGGUGAUCCUGGUCAUCAGGUACCUCAUCUUCUUCAAGCACAAGGACAAAGUGGAAUUCUACAGAAAACUGCAUGCUGUUGCUGCCAGUACUGCCAUGUGGCUUUUGGUGAUUGUCAUUGUGGUACCCCUGGUGAUUUCUCAGUAUGGAAAUAAUGAGAAAUACAGUGAACAACAUUGCUUUAAUUUCCACAAAGAACUUGUUCGUGAUUAUGUGCAAGUUAUCAACUAUACGAUUGUCAUCAUCGUCAUUACUACCGCGAUGAUUCUCUUGGCCUUCCAAGCCUUCAUCACUUUGUCCAUGGUGCGAAAGCUCCACCACUCUUUACUCUCCCACCAAGAGUUCUGGGCUCAGCUGAAAAACUUAUUUUUUAUAGGCAUCAUCCUUAUUUGUUUUCUUCCCUACCAGUUCUUUAGGAUUUACUACUUGUAUGUUGUGGCACAUUCCAAGGACUGUAACAACAAAGUUGCAUUUUACAAUGAAAUCUUCCUGAGCGUAACAGCAAUUAGCUGCUUCGAUUUGCUACUCUUUGUUUUUGGAGGAAGUCAUUGGGUUAAGCAAAAGGUUAUUGAGCUAUGGAAUUGCCUUUUAUGCUGUUAG